AUGUCUUCUGGGUCGAGGAGCGCAUCCCGCAGCGGCGCCAACCCGGAGUGGAGCAAGAAGGAGAACAAGCUGUUCGAGGAUGCACUCGCCUACUACGGCGAGGGCACGCCCGACCGUUGGCUCAAGGUGUCCCGCGCCAUGGGCGGUACCAAGACGGCUGACGAGGUGCGCCGCCACUACGAGAUACUUGACGACGACAUCAAGCUGAUCGAGUCCGGCAGGGUCCCUUUCCCCAAGUACAACACCCAGGGCCAGGGGGCUUGGAACUGA